ACAAAAUACUAAUAAUCAGUGGAAAUUUGGUUGUUCUGUCUUGUUUUGAGUGUCCUAUUUUCGUGUUGCCCUUGUAGGCUGUAGGUAUUCAUUUGGAUGGGGGGAAAAAUUUGUUAUUACAAUUGGUAAAGCGAAGACAUCAAAUUAUUUUGUUUACUCAAAACCAAGACAUAAAAAAAUGUGUUAUUAGAAUUGGUAAUGCCCCCAUUUCCAUGGCCCAAUUCUUGUUGUUCGACUACAUUUGUAGUUUCUAAAUUAUAAUUUAUAAAUACAUAUAUGGCAGUUGGUAUCUAUUGGUUGACUGAUUCAUUUAAGAGUUUGGCGUGUCAUAUUCAAAUAAGUGUGAAAAUACUCUAUUCUAUUUUAUAGCUCUUCAAUGGAAAUAACGACAACAACGGUGAUAUGUAUUGGUUCAAUUGUUCAUUUAAGAGUUAAAAUGAUAAUAAUGUUGGACCAUGCCAAACUUUAGAUGACGCAUGUUUGUUGAGAUAGAAUCACAUCAGAUCAGUAUUAUCUAUACUAAAGAUACACCUGUUUUACCUGUAAAGUGUAUUUGUAAAUUCUAAAAAUCACGAUUUUUACAAAAUAUUUGUUAGUAAGAAACAGCGGAUGGCUUCGUCUAUGUCCACUAGCACGUCAACAUGGCCACGACGAAUGUGUGCAUGCGGCUAUGGCCAUUGUUUUGUUAAGAUUUCCAGAUCCCACAAAAAUCCUGGUCGUGCAUAUUAUGUUUGUCCUCGGCCUGUGCAAUGUGUAAAUUGGAUUGGUUGGUGUGAUGAAUCAGGGAGACCGAGCCCCGACCAUGACUCAUCCCCAACCGAAGUGAUGCAGUUACGGGCUGACAUCGUGCAAAUUUUUAAUACCUUGCGUGUCAUUAAAACGAUUACUUCUGUGUUGUGCAUAACGGUUAUCAUAUUAUUACUACGUAUGUAAAACAUUGUAACAACAAGACAUGUGUACGGUGGAUGCUUGUCUAACUAGUAACUCAAGUAACAAAACUGGACUACUGUAAAUGCACCUUUCUAUUUUUAGCUAUGUCCUACGUUUCUCCUACAUUCAAGUUUAAUGUUGCAUAUCAUAUGUGCCUGUGAUAUGUUGUCUAUUUUCCGUUUCUAAUUUAUUUGUGUAAAAUGUGUACACUACCUUCUACUGUAAUUAGUUCAAUGGCGGCAACACGCUCCUCCCCUCGAACACCGUCCAAAAGUAAAGGUGUUGGACACUUGCCUACUGAAGGGUUGCCUGAUUACAUUGAUCUGUCACAUAAAGCAACUUGGGACAGCGUAUCAACCGAAAUUUUCUUAGAGUGUGUGCGGGAGCAAAUUUUAGCGGGACGUAGGCUAGGUACAACUAUCUCAGUUUCCGGGUAUAAGGAAAUUUGUGUCCAAUUUGCUAAGCGCACAGGCAGGCGGCAUGACGUGAAACAGUUCAAGAACAAGUACCUUGCUUUGAAGAAGGAGUGGCAGGCAUGGAAUAAAUUGAUGGACACCAGUAAGGGUGUAACUGGGAUUGGGUUCGACAGGUCAACCGGGUUGUUCACCGCGUCAGACGAGUGGUGGGAAAAUUUGAAAUCGACAAACAAGCUAGCUUAUAAAUUCAAGACAAAGCCAUUGGAACACGAAGAUUUGAUGCGGGAAGUUUUCACAGGUGCAACCGCGACUGGAAAACAUCAUUGGACCCCCGGCGAGCCUGUAGUGGACAUUGCUGACGGUGAAUCCGAUUCUGCAGACUCACCUGGGUUGCAGCCAUUUACUGCGCCAUAUGAACCGGUUGUGGACUCACCACCACCCUCCCCCAUUGUCCAGGUAGAUGAAGCGGAGCAAGGACCAAAGCGCAAGAGGGGGGCGAGUUCAAGUGGAAAGUCGAAGAAGCCGUCCACUGGCGCAUCAGUGCUUGCAAACAGUUUCAACCAUCUCUCCGAGGCCGUUCGUGCACAGAAGCACCUUACGAUCAGGCAUGGAACUGGUGCGUCUCAAAAGUAUGGCAUUGAGGCAUGCAUGCAGAGGAUUAUGGCUAUCCCCGACUUUCUCAGUACGCCUCUUUUCCACUUUGCCUGUAUUGCUUUGGAGAAUGCAGAUUACCGUGAGAUACUAAUGUGCAUGCCUGAUGAUGGUAAUGUGGUCGGUUGGCUUGCGGCAUUGAAGGCCUCCAAAGGACUGUGAGAACUGUGGUCUGUUGGUUUUUGGGAUAAUGGAAACAAUUGUGGGUGUGUGUGGACAUGACUUGUGCUGCUUUUUUUUUUAAAAUUUUUGCUUGUUGCUAGCUUCGCUUAUCAGG